CCAAAACGGAACAAUUAUCCGAACUAUAUCAUAUACAAACACCCACAAAAAUGUCGGAUUUAGAAGACGAUUUAUUGGCCUUAGCUGGAGGAGACGAUGAAGAAGAAGAAUACUCUGGAAAGGAAGAAGUAAGAUCCCAUGCCGGACACGGUGGUGAUCAAGAUGAAAAUGACAACGAUGAAGAUGAUGAAGGACAUAAUGAAAUUAUAAAAUCAUCCAAAAGAUCGUCACGUCGAUACGACGAAGAUGAGGGGGAGUACGAUAGUGGUAAUGAUGAAGUAUAUUCUAAGCGUAGAAAGAUUCAAGAAGACGAAGAUGAAGAUGAUGAAGAUGAUGAAUAUGAAUUACCUGAUGUUCCUGAACCUGAAUUGAUUAAUCCAUACCCUUUGGAAGGGAAAUAUAAAAAUGAACAAGACCGAGAUGAUUUGGAAGAUAUGGAUGAAAUUCAAAGAGAACAGAUCUUAUUCGAUAGAACACAAGAAAUGGAAAGAUAUAAUGAGAAAUUAUACUUGCAACAAAGAAUGAAACAACAGAAACAACUUGGCAAGCCCAGUUCGUUACCAGCUAAACCAUCAAGGUCAUCAAAUCGUGAUAAGACUUCAAGUAGUAAGACAUCUAAAUUAGAUAAAUUGAAUGAAUUAAAGAAGCAAAGACAACAAAAGUCAAGAAGAAGACGAGAUGAUUAUGAUGAAGAUGAAAGUGAAGAAGAAAGUGAAGAUGAUUUGGAUGAUGAACAAGAAUUAGAUGAAGAUGAAGAAGAAUAUGAUGAUGGAAUAGUUACUUGGGGAGGUAAAUCUAAAGUCCGAAGCUCAGCCCGAAAAUCAACUCAAUUAGGAGGAGUAGAAGAUAUUAAUCGUAUAAGAUUUGGUAGAACCAAAUUAGCCCAAUAUUGUUAUUAUAGUGAAUUUCCGGAAAUCAUUGUCGAUACAUAUGGGAAAAUCAAUUUAGGAUUUGAUAAAAGAACGAGACAACCACUUUAUAGAUUGGUUAAAAUAAUUGAUGUAGAACAUAAACCACCUAAAGCUUAUAAAUUACCAGGGGGAGUUAAAUGUGAUAUAUUUUUAGUGGUAAGUCAAAAUAGUAAACAAACCAAAGCAUUCCCUAUUACCAUUUUCUCAGAUAGUUCAAUUAGUAAUGAAGAAUUUCAAAGAUAUAUUCAUGAAUUAGAAAAAAAUGGAGAACAAGUUGAUUAUUUGGAUGAUAUUAAGGAGAAAUAUCAAACUCUUAAGGCAUUUGUUAAUAAAUCAUUAACUGAUAAAGAUGUUAAUGAAAUCAUUGCUAAGAAACAACAAUUACAAAAUAAGAAUAUUAAAGAUAUGAGUUUAUAUGAUGCUGUUAAGAGGAAAGCUCAAUUAUUGGAUGAAGUAAAAAUUGCUCAUCAACAACGUAGAUCAGCUGAUUCAGUACUUGAAGAAUUGAGUCAAUUAGAUAAGUAUAUUACUGAAAAGAGACUGGCGGAUGUAUUAUCAUCAGCAUCAUCUAUGACCAAAGUCAAUGAAAGAAAUAGAAAAUUAAAUCAAACUAAUAUCCGUAAAGCCGAGAUUAGAAAUCAAUUACUGCAACCUAGUAGUGGUAAUAGUGAUGGAGGUGAUCCAUUUUCUAGAUUAAAGACUGUUACAAGAAUCUUUUAUCAAGAUUUAAUUAAUGCUGAAAAUGAGAAAGCCUUGAAUGAUGCUAAAUUAAACUAUGAGAAGACUUUGAAUGAAAAGUCUAAGCAAGAAGAAGAGAUUAGUCGUAGUACUUAUCGAGAAUUGGGAGAGAUGGAUAAAUUGAUUAAGAGUAUUGACAUUGAUAUUGAUAUUGAUAUUGAUUUGGUGUAAGGAUGUUAGUCAGCAGAAACUAUGUACUAGUUAAGGUAGUUAAUUAUUUACGCUUAGUUUACAAUAAUGAAUAGUUAUUAGUAAUUGGUAUAGUAGAUUUUGCAGUCGUGGAAUUUCAACAGAAUUAUAGUAAUUUAAUGUAUUGGCUGCUAAAUUUAAUAUACAGGAAAGAGAUUGUCGUAGAUCAACCGUUACUUUCACGCAAUACAGUUCAUCUCCGACAUUACAAUAAUGUCGUAUCUAGUUACACUACUACUGAUACUCUUUAUUGUCACUUAUCUUUAUACCAUUUAUAUUCCCUCAUAUCAAUUAUAUGUGUAUCUUAUCGAUACACUACUCCUUGAUUUCC